CCCCAAUUCCUCUGCAUAAUACACUGGCAGGCGAACUACUCUAUGGCCUAAGCCAACUACAAACGAAUUCUCCCUUGUCUUCUCCGCCCAUUCCACCACCAACACCAACUCCUCUGCAUAAUAUACACUCAUUUUCACAUAAUACUUCUCAAUACAGACGCCAACAUUCCACAUAACAAUUGCUCCAUUAUCGCAACAAUGGCGUCCCUCUUGCAAUCAAGAACCCCAUCACUCUCCUUCUCUUCUUCCCUCUGUUCUACUCCUGUCAUACGCCCUUCUGUAUCUUUCUUGAAACCCCGUUCUGGGUCACGAAUUCCAGUCGUGAGGGCAAAGAUUCGCGAGAUCUUUAUGCCGGCGUUGAGUUCGACAAUGACGGAAGGAAAAAUCGUCAGCUGGAUUAAAUCGGAAGGGGAUGUUCUGUCAAAGGGAGAGUCUGUUGUUGUUGUGGAAUCUGAUAAAGCUGAUAUGGAUGUUGAGACGUUCUAUGAUGGAAUAUUGGCGGCCAUUGUUAUUAACGAAGGAGAGACGGCUCCUGUUGGUGCGGCGAUUGGAAUUUUAGCAGAAACAGAGGGUGAAAUAGCUGAAGCAAAGGCUAAAGCCACAUCUCAAUUCUCCUCGGCCCCCGCUCCAUCAGCGCCAAAGGUUGAGGAAUCCUCGCCUGCCCCUAAAGUGGAUGCUCCGUCUCCGCCAGUCGAUGCAGCUCCGGCUCCUUCUACACCGGGAAAGGUAGUGGCCACUCCAUAUGCCAAGAAAUUGGCUAAGCAAUACAAGGUAGAUAUCGGUAAAUUAGUGGGCACGGGGCCGUUUGGAAGAAUUACACCUGAGGAUGUGGAGAAGGCAGCUGGAAUUACGCCUGCCCCCAAGAGCAAUGUGGAUGCCCCAGCGGCUCCAGUGGCGUCUUCUGCUCCGGCUUCAGUUCCAUCAAAAGCUCCAUCGAAUUUCCCAGAGAUUCCUGGUCCUGCUGAUUCCGUAAGAGCCAGCUCAUCCCAGAUAGAGUUCAUAGCAGCGUAG